AAAUGAGUAAUCUAGCUAACGGUAGGUACAAGUAGGCGAAUAUUGUGCAGUUUCGAAUCGAUUUCAUUGUGAGUGAAGCUUGCGCGACCUGCUACGGACUCCCCUGUUUUGAGCCCGACAUAGACUCGCCCAAUCCACUCUAGUUCAGCUGACUGUCGUACUCUCGCGUAGUAAGGCCAGCUCAACGGAUGGGGGUAAACAGUUCGCUGGCGACCGGCAUAGGGAGCGGACAUCAUGUACGCUACGCAGUGCCUCGGAACGGUAGACAAUGAAACUGUGAAAUAAAUCAACUGUGUGCCUGCCAGGUUACGUGCAUUUCGUGUAGAUUAUUUCACGCGAAUCAUCAAAUUUGUAACGCGUUUUGUGUCUGAAUCCCAAUAAUUCUCAAUUCGAGAGGAAGGGUUCAGUUCGUUGUCCCGGAGCUCGGAAAUAUGCUCAAGUUUCUCACACACAAACUCAAAACACAUUCUCUGAAUGAAGAACAUCCGCAUCAAAAGGUUGAAGAAGACGAUCACGAUUCAGGAACUGAAUCAGACGACGAGCACGCCGACAUUGACGAUCCUGAAACCAGCAUGGAGAGCGAAGGCAGCGCGAUGUCCGUGGUGCAAGGUAUGGGGGGUAUGGGGUUUGGAGGGGUAUCAGUGUCGCCCUACCUGCUGGACUCUGCACUAGCGAGCGACAACGACCUCAACUAUGACGACCAUCACAGCUCCGAGGAGGAACUGGAAAACAUAAACAGCUCCAAUCUGCCUGCGCAUGCGCCGAAUGCACGGGACGCUCGCAGUCGAUCCACCAGCACCCUGCCUGAAAAGCGAAAGUGGUCACAGGUGACGCCCGAGGCGGUAACGUGCAGUAGCAGUAGCAGUAGCGAGGAGCCACCGCCGGCGCAGAGGCGUGCGCCCAACGUGCAGCUGUCUGUGUCACCGGCCGCCCUGUGUGGCCACGCCACGGCCCACGGCAAGGGCAAGCCCUACUCACUGGCCCCCACCCGCGCCCAUAGCUGCAGCGAGCAGGGCGGCAGCUCUGACGAAGAGGUGCAAGGCCUGCUGGCGACGACGCCCGUCCAAUUCCGCACGUCGCCUCCCCGCGGCACGCACCGACCGCAUCGCACGCUCGCCCCCCACCCCUCGCCCUCACCCUUGCUGCCCCUCCAGCAGCACGACUCGUCAUCCCCCCGCAAGCGCCACCGGCAGGCGCCCGCAAACGCCAGACAUCCGCACGCCAUACAGCGACCGUGUCUCGAUUUCGAAAAAAUGCAACAGUUGAAGGCGCGAGCGGUGACUGGCUGGCGUCCAGGUGGUGGUGACCACGGCCACGGGGGUGGGGGGGAACUGUCGGUCUUCUGCUGGUGAUCUCAUCCCCUCCCCUCUCCCGCCCUGCUGCUGCCGCUAACAACCACUUGAAAACUAUUACUAUAUAAUUAUUACAAAGACUUUCUAAUCAAUUACUAGUGACUUGUUUUUAUAAGUAUAUAAAAACAAAUGUAUAAAAUAUGACAUAUAUAAAUAUUAUUUUUUUUAAUUAAUCUUGAUAAUAUAAUGAGAAUAAGCUGCUCACGUGGGUGAAGCAGGGUGGCUGAUGGAUGGUGUUACGGUGGUGUUAUGGUGGUGUUACGUCGAUGGUGUUACGUGUCACGUGUCACUUCUCCACAUCAACAUUGAUUUGAACUUUUUGUACCUGUAAAUCAUAUAUAUAUACGUUUUUUGUCAAUUACGAGAAAUUUUGUCAUGGUUAUUUCGCUUAAUUAACUUACUUGUACAAAAUCAAAAUGUAAGAUAUUUUUUAGAAACAUUCUGCAGGUGUUACGAAAUCGAGUCGAUGGAAUGUUGAUCUGUAACUGAGAUUUUAUUAUUUGUUAAUUUACUUGGCCAACCGCUGCAUAACAUGUUUUGCCUUUAUCUACUUCUUGUUUUAUUAACUAAUGUUUAUUUAUUAUUUACGCUUCUACUAUGUUGUUUUUUGUUUGCGGCAAUACUUUGACUGAGAAAUAAAGUAGUUUUUGUACAAAAAUAACUAAACGUUUUGAAAAGGAGGACAGAACUGAAUAGUUGAGAUGUGUAUUUAUAUUAUUAAGACUUGCGUUUUUAUUGAUGAUAUAUUAUGAUUAUUAGUUAUGCAUCGCUAUUAUCGAAUGAUUAUAUGUUAUAAUUCCCAUUAUUAUACGUUGAUUAUAUUUAAUACUAUAAACUCAUAAAGACAAUUUAUUUUCAAAUUGGUGUGUUGUAUGGGAUGUGUUUUAUAUAUUAACAAUGAAGAAAGGUAGAGUGGUGGAAAAUGUCAUGGAGAUGAUGAACAGUUGUUUAUAGAACUGGGUUCGUGUAAAAUCUGAAGAAAAUUAAUGUAUGAUUGUUAUAAAAAACUUUUAUAAGAUAUUAUGUGUCUGUUAGUAUGUCUGUGAUGAGAGUAUCUCAGUGUGAUUGUAUCUUCAGGUAUUUGCGGUAUGAUGAUGGAACAAAUAAAAUGAUUGUAAUAUCAAAAACCAAUCAAUAAUCGAAGUUCACAAGCAUUCUUUUACAAUUGUUCAAAUUUGAAUAAUAGUCUAAAAACAUCUCAAAUACCUUGAAAGUUAAGCUAGUAAUUUUCACCUAAUGUAAUUGGUUUUCAGUUGAAUAUCAUAUUAUUCUACAUAUUAUACAUACAAGAUGUUGAAUACAAAAUUGAUAAUUUAACAUUAAAUGUUGGAAAUUAAAUUUCAUAAAUCGAAUAUUGAAAUUUUGUUGAAUUUAUAUAUUUUACUGAUGUAAGCUCAUCUAUUCUACUAAUUGGUAAUGAAUGCAGCUCAUACUGCUCACAUUUCUGAUGGUAAUGUGUCAAUACCUUUCUGUGAAUAAAUUUGUAAAGGUAGCAAAUAUUUGCAGUUUUACAUUUUAGUAUUCUGCAGUUUGUAAUAUAGUUUUAAAAACAUACCUUUUAUCACUAUUUAGAAUGCAUUUUCCAGCUUCUCUUCCUCUAAACCAUGUAAAUCUUAUAAUCUCUUCCCUGAUAUCAUAGUAAAGUUGUGUACCGUAUUCAGUUUCUGGAAAAUGAGAUUUCGCCAGCAUUGUUAUCACUAAAUUUCUAUCAGAUUGCUUAUUUGGAAACUGAAGAAAAGUUUAUUUUAUAGCUUCAUUCUUCUCAUAUACCGUACCGUUGAAUUCAUGAGUUGUUUACCUACUAAUAAUUAUUUCAUAUUUUUGCAUUUAAUUCAACAAACUCCUUUUCCAUUCUCAUUCUGCUUGGUCGACUCUAUUAUAAUCUUCUCAAUUUAUUUGAAUCGUUUGUAGAAUUAUUAAUAUGGGCUUUCAGUGCUAUGCUUUACAGACUGUUGUUACAAUAACAUGACAGUCGAAGAAUUUCUAGUCUAAUUUGAGUUCCACAAGUAGGGAAUUACAAGAAAUUGCAAUAUUUCUGUAAGUUUGUCCAAUGGGAUGAACUUACGCAUUAAGAAUGUAUUUUAGUUCUAUUCACCUUCAAAAAUCUAUGUACAUGAAUAUGGAAAACUCGUGAUAUGAAUAUAUCACAAUGAUUCCAUUAUUUUGCCAUUUACAAUAACUUGGCUAAUUAAUUUGCCAUAUAUUAUGCGAAGCCACCUUUCAGUAAGUGGAUUUGAUAUUUAGAAUUUUUAUUCGCAAAGAUAGUUUGCAUCAAGUUCAUAGUUAUUUUUUAUUUGUAGUCUAUACAAAAUCUUUAAAUGAAAGCGAAUAAUUAUGUUGAUUUUUUUAAGUAUAAAAAUAAACACUAGUAGUAAAAAAAUGAGGUAGUUAUGCUUUAAAUCAUCUCUGAAAAAAUUAUUUUACAGUAUAAUCCUCCUUUUCUAUUUAGAUCUCAAUAAAUGUUUGCUAGUCCCUUUGUUCAGGGUAAUAUAGCUGAAAACAGUGUAUUAUGUUUUCAAAUAUCUCAUUUGUCCUUUGAGAGCUGUCAAAUCUAUGUUUUAUUCAUUCUUAGGUAAUACUUACUAUAAUUAGCUCAAAAAGUUUCAAUAAUUUUGAUUUCAAGUCCACUCAGUGUAUUAAGAUUACUGAUAUAAAUCUAAAUUAGUUUUGAUAUUCUACACUUGAUAUAAGUUAAGUUUCGACAUCAAACAUUUUUAAAAUUAAAAUAGUUCCAUUCACUUUGAAAAUAGAUUACACCUUGAGUUUCAUACCCAGAAAAAAUUAAAGCCGUUAUUUCUUGUGUUAAUUACUUAUUGAUUAAGAUGAUGCAUGAAACAUGUCUUAAUUAAUUUAUUCUGAUUAACAGGCUAUAAAAUAUAUCUUAUAGCGCAUUAUUAUUUUAGUCAUCAUUAUAAUGUAUCAUUUCAUUGAAAAUAAAUAAAUAGAAUUCAACAGAUAUCUUGCUAAUUUGGAUUAAAGCCGCGUUUACACCUAAGUUAUUAACAAAAUGUUAAUAACUUAAUCCCUAUACAGUAGAUUCUAUUAAGAUUGAACGGAACUUGACAAACACAUAUGUUCAUCAUGUGUAUGAUAAGUUAUGUUCUAUCUAAUAGAAUCUAUAAGGAUUGAGUUAUUAACAUUUUGUUAAUAACUGGUGUAAACGCAACUUUAUGGUUGGACUUUUCUCAUGUUUUAAAAAGAUCUGACAGUUUCUUGAUAUGUAUUACUGUAAUAACUUUUUCUAUAAUUUUAUCCUAAAAAGAAAAUGUAAUACUAAAAUUUUGAGAAUUUAAAAUAAUCUCAAUCUGAUUAAUGUAAAUGAAUUUCAUUUGUGAUGAUGUAGUAAGAUGCACUAAGCAAAGUAUUAUUAAAGACUUCUUUUUAUUGUAUUAUACAUUUGUAUAUUUCUUUCUUUAAUUACCAUUUCUGCAGUCUACUUUUUCGUUUCUUGUUUGAUGUUAUAAAAUCAACAUCAUUAAAUAAAGCUAUAUUGUGAUUGAGAUUAUUGAGAAUAAAUUUGAACAAAUGUGACUGAAACUUUGUAUGUUAUAGAUUGUUCCGCUACUAAUGAGAGAAAAUUGAUCGACAAAAAUGUUGAAGGUUGUUUAUAUGUAUAAAUAAAAUGUAUGUAUGUAUGUAUAAUGUGUGUAGUAUGUAUGUAAUUUAGGAGUGACUAUGUGAAGGGAGUGAUAGACUGUGCAUUAAGAAGGAGAAUGUCGUUCACAUUUUUCUUAUUGGCUAGAAAGAAUACCAUUAAAGUAAUGACAAAAUACGCUUUCAA